AUGUCAAAAUCUUUAUUUCAAGAAGAUGCAACUCAUAUAUUUGAAACAUUAACUAAAAAUUUACCAAUUGAUCCUAGAAAACUUAAUAUUGCAAUUCCUAUAGCAAAUAGUGAACAAGAAGGGUAUUCAGCAACUUAUAGAAACUCAUAUUCACCAGAUCAACUAAUUGAUACUUUUUACCCUUCAUUAGAUACGUUAUAUAAACUAUUUGAAAAUGCGUGUGAUGCAUAUAAAGACUCACCGUGUUUAGGUUAUAGAACAAAAAAUUUAGAUGGUUCAUUUUCACAUUAUUUAUUUCAAGAUUAUCAAACUAUUAGAGAACGUAGAAAUAAUUUUGGUAGUGGUAUUUUUAGAAUUUUAUCAACUUCACCAUUUAGAUUAAAUACUGAAUGUCAUUCGAAAUUAGAUUAUGAAACUGAAUGUGAUGAAAGAUUUAUUUUAACUAUAUUUUCACAUAAUCGACCAGAAUGGGCCAUGUGUGAUAUUACAUCAAUUGCUUAUUCAAUACCAAAUACAGCUUUAUAUGAUACUUUAGGUCCAGAUACAAGUAGAUAUAUUUUGACAUUGACUGAAUCACCGAUUGUCAUUUGUUCAAAAGAGAAAAUUAAAACAUUGAUAAAUUUAAAGAAAAAUAAUGAACAAGAUUUGAAAAAUUUAAUUGUUAUUGUUUCAAUGGAUGAUUUGGAAGGUUAUGAAGAUGAAAAAUUAGUUGAAUUAGCUCAUGCUACAAAUAUUAAUCUAUAUGAUACAAAAAAUGUCGAAAGAAUUGGAGAAAUUCAUUAUAAAUCACCAAUACCACCAAAACCAGAUACAAUUUUUACAAUUACUUUUACUUCAGGUACUACAGGUAAUCCAAAAGGUGUUGUUUUAACUCAUAAAAAUGCAGUAUGUGCAAUGACAUUUAGAAUAUCUGCUUCAAGAACUGAUUUACAUGGUACACAUUAUUCAUUUUUACCAUUAGCACAUAUUUAUGAACGUACAAAUAUUUGUUUUGCUUUAUCAACUGGGUCUAAAGUUGGAUUUCCACAAGGUAAAUCUCCAGCUACAUUAUUAGAUGAUGUUAAAGAAUUAAAACCAACUGGUUUGGCAUUAGUUCCUCGUGUUUUAACAAAAUUAGAAGCUGCUAUUAAAGCUCAAACUAUUUCAAAUUCAGAAAGACCAAUUGUACAAUCUAUUUAUGCAAGAGCAAUUAAUGAAAAAUUGAGAUUACAAUCAUUACCAGAAAAUGAACAUUUAAAUCCACCACAUUUUGUAUAUGAUAGAGUUUUAGGUUUAUUAAAAAAGAAAAUUGGUUUAGCCAAUGUUACUGGUAUUUCAACAGGUUCAUCACCAAUUUCAAAUGAGACUCUUAAAUUUUUAAAAGCUGCUUUAAAUUUGGGUAUUUCAAAUGGUUAUGGUUCGUCUGAAUCAUUUGCUGGUAUUUUAGCAAGUUCAAGAUUUGAUAAAAAUCCAGGUUCAGUUGGGGCAAUUGGAGUAACUACCGAAGUUAGAGUUAGAGAUUUACCAACUAUGAAUUAUACAUCGAAAGAUGAAGGAGGUCCAAGAGGUGAAAUGAUGUUGAGAGGACCACAAAUUUUCUCACAUUAUUAUAAAAAUCCAGAAGAAACUGCAAAAUCAUUUGACUCAGAAGGUUGGUUUCAUACUGGUGAUGUUAUUCGUAUUGAUACACUUGAUAAUAAUAAGAUUUACAUUAUAGAUCGUGUUAAAAACUUUUUCAAAAUGGCUCAAGGUGAAUUUGUUACACCUGAAAGAAUUGAAAAUACUUAUCUUUCACAAUUUCCAUUUAUUGCUCAAUUAUUUGUACAUGGAGAUUCAUUACAAAGUUAUUUAGUUGGUGUUGUUGGUAUUGAUGCAACUACUAUUCAACAAUAUAUAUAUAGAAGGUUUAAAGAUAAAAUUGAAAAUAAAGAUGAUAUAAUUAAAUUUUUAAACAUGCCGAAGAAUAAAAAAAUAUUUUUAACUGAUAUGAAUUCAUCAAUUGCUACUCAAUUACAAGGUUUUGAAAAAUUGAAUAAUAUUAAAAUUGAAUUAGAUCCAUUAACUGUUGAUUUAGAUUUAAUUACUCCAACACAAAAGAUAAAAAGACCAAAUUGUAUUAAAUAUUUUAAACCAGUAUUGGAUGAAUUAUAUCAAGAAGGUUCAAUUUUGAAAGAUGUUAAAUUGUAA